AUGCCCAAACAUUUAAAAGUUUUUCCAAAGACCAAACAGAUAAAAGCCAAAGUAGAACUAGCCAAGUUAUUUGCAAGCAUAGAAAAAGAGGAACUGCAAGAAAACGUCCAGAUAUUGAAUUCACCACAUUACUCCAUUAUUAGUACCGAAGACUCCGUCUGCUAUGUAGUACCCAAUUCUGUGCCCGAAGAUUCAUCCCCAGUAGCUGUUAUAGAUUUAUCUAACAGUACUUCAUCAUACCUGCAACAGCCUGAGCAGCUACGUCAACCACUACGCGAAAUCGAUAUUCUACAUGUAAAUAAUUUUGGAGCAUUGACAUCUGAUUACAACUCAGCUGAUUUUGAUUGA